CAGACAAGUAUUUAAAACUAAAGCUUCAGACCAACUCAGCAGUCUUAACAUGUAAUUUUGCCAAUGUUUAUGUUCAUGUUAUUAUAGAAUCGUUAACGAGCACGAGGAUUCUGACGGCUACCGAAUCCAUGACGGCUUUCUUAUAUUUCAAAUGAGAUAUUCAAAUUUCUCCUUCCUCGGACUCUGCACCUAUCAUCUUUACGUCAAGAAAUCUCCGCCAACUCCUACUAUCAGAUUCCACACAACUCUUGCAAACUCGGAGCUUCUUCAUCUUCCCGAUUCCAACGCUUUUCGUGCCCAACAAAAUCUCCCAGCUUCCAUCCAACUUUCUGGUUCGCGCAGCAAAUCAGGCCAUCUUCAAGACGCCCACCUUGUGCUCGACGAAACUCCCCAGACUUAUCCCAUCUCAUGGAAUAUUUCGCAGUUAAGUUCCGCUCUCCGAACUUCCAACCAAAGUUCUCAAUUUGAUUCCACCAUCAGAAUUUUCAGAACAAUGCGCCCGGCGGGCUUCCAGCCCGAUCAAUUUGCUUAUGCGAAUGUGAUCUUGGCCUGCACGGCCACGCAGAAUUUUAAGCUUGGUGACCAUUUUAUAUCUCUUGUUAUUAAAGUUGGUUUUCUCUCAAGUGGAUAUGUUCUCAGUGGUGUUAUAGACUUGUUUGCCAAAGGUGGCUGUUUUGCCAAAGCGCUUGAUAUAUUUCUGUAUAGUCACAGCGAUAAUGUAGUCUGUUGGAACGCUGUGAUUGCUGGAGCUGUUCGAAAUGGUGAAAGUUGGGUUGCUUUGAAGCUGUUCCAGCGAAUGGUGGAAGGUUUGUGUACGCCGAAUGGUUUUACUUUCUCUAGCGCUUUGGGGGCUUGUGCUACCGUUGGGGACAUUGACUUAGGAAGGUCAAUGCACGCAUGGGCUCUUAAGUUCAAUCAGCAAGAUGACAUCUUUGUUGGAACAGCCACCGUUGACCUUUAUGCAAAGUGUGGCGACAUGGAUGCAGCGUUGAAAGUGUUCAGAUCAAUGCCAGUCAGGAAUGUGGUUUCGUGGACCGCUUUGAUUUCGGGUUUUAUGCUGGAUGAAGACGGUGCUUCUGCAGUGAAAUACUUCAUAGAAAUGAUUAGAAACAACGUUGAUGUUAAUGUAUACACUAUUACAAGUGUGCUCUUUGCGUGUGCUAUAUGUUUCAUGGAAAGUAUAUCUUAUCAGAUUCAUGGCUGGAUUCUCAAGUCUGGUUUUUGCACCGAUCCUGCAGUAAAGGCUGCUUUGAUCAGCGCAUAUGGCAGGGUUGGAGAUGUUCAAAUGUCUCAGAUGGUUUUUGAGGAAGAAGAGGCAGGAAUGCAUCUUAGUAACUGGUCUGCUAUGAUCUCUAGCCAUGUCCAAAACCAUUGUUUCGGUAACGCACUCGAACUUUUCCUGCAAAUGCUAUGCGGAGUUCAAAAACCUGAUAAUUCAUGCAUCUGCAGCAUUCUCAGCAUUGUUGACUGUAUAAUAUUUGGUGAACAAUUGCAUAGCUAUGUUGUUAAAAUGGGAUCGGUAGAUGAUUUGCUUGUAUGCAGUUCUCUUUUCACCAUGUACUCCAAAUGUGGCAGAAUUGGAGAGAGUUAUGAGCUCUUUGGGAAGAUGCGGGACAAAGAUAGAGUGGCAUGGACAUCAAUGAUCUCUGGUUUUGCUAAGCAUGGUAGUGCGAAGGAAGCAUUUCAAUUGUUCAGGGAGAUGAUUCAUGAAGGCAUCGAACCAGAUGAUAUGACUCUUUCGGCUGCACUUACGGCAUGCAAUAAUAAUUUGUUUCUAGAUAAAGGAAAGCAAAUUCAUGGUUUUUCCUUUCGCCAUGGACUUGGACAUGAUACCCUUAUUGGCAGUUCAAUCAUAUCAAUGUAUUCGAAAUGCGGUGAUACAGAAUCUGCAAGAAGAAUGUUUGAUCAAAUCCAAUGCAAAGAUCAGAUUUUGUGGUCCUCUUUGAUCUCUGGUUAUGCUACGAACGAUAUGAGUGAGGAGGCUAUCUUGGAUUUCCAUCGGAUGACUCGAACUGGUUUGAAGAUUGAUCCUUUUACAUGCUCAUCUGUUCUCGGGGCUUGUUCGCAAUCAUUCAGACCUAUUUUGGGGAGGCAACUACAUUGUCAGGCAAUUCAAGCUGGUUUAAUUCUUCAUAAUUCUGUAGCAAGCACGCUUUUGACUUUGUAUGCAAAGUGUGGAAUUAUAAGCGAGUGCCGUAAAUUAUUUGAUGAGAUACAAAACCCUGAUUUGAUGACUUGGACGACGAUGAUUGAAGGAUAUGCUCAACAUGGGAGAGCUAAGGAAGCUCUAGAAGCAUUCAAUUUGAUGAAGAUUAAUGGAAUAAAACCGGAUUCUGUUACAUUUGUGAGUAUUCUAUCUGCGUGUAGCCAUAAUGGUUUAGUAAAUGAAGGAUUUUUUUAUUUUAAAUCUAUGAGUAGAGACUACGGGAUAGAACCAGAGAUUCGUCACUAUUCCUGUAUGGUUGAUUUGCUUGGCAGAGCUGGAAGAUUGAAGGAAGCUAUUGAUCAUUUGCCGACUGAACCAGGUUUUCUUGUGUGGAGCACCUUGCUUGGUGCUUGCAGAGUUUAUGGUGAUGUUGAAAUUGGAGGUAUAGCGAAAAAGAAGGUGCUUGAACUUGAAUCUCAUGACUCGGGAGCUCAUAUUGCUGUCGCAAAUAUGUCUGCGGACAUGGGGGAUUGGGAGCAAGUUUUGUGGAUAAGAAGUUCAAUGAAGGGGUUUGGUAUUAAGAAGGAACCUGGAUGGAGUGCUUUGUGAGAUGAAGUAUUGCAGUUACCACUCAUCUAAAGGAAAUGGCGG